UCUGCAAUUUGCAUAUCAAAACAGAGACCGAAAUUCGUCUUCUCCCAAUCCUCCGGUUCUGGCCUCAAUCAUCGAAUCUCCCCACCACCAUGGCCGGCUCCCACCUACCCCAUCUGCUGCUCCUCCUGAUCCUCGCCGCCGGCGCGCCGGGACCCUCCAGCGCGCGCCACGUCAUCACGUUUGCCCCCGCACGCGGCGUCGGCCCCGCGUCCGUCGCUUGGGACCCCACGGCGCAGCACUUCGUCGUCGCCGGCGGCGGCGACGCCGUCCUCUCGGUCUCCGACGCCGGGGUCACCGAAUCUAUCGUCUCCUCCGGCGCAUCAGCCGUCGCCGUCGACGACCGGCGGCGCCGCCUCCUCGUGGCGUCCCCAGGGUCCGUCUCCGCCUUUGAUCUCCGCUCCCCGCGCCCGCACCGCCUCAUCCUCUCCACCCCGGUCCCGGACGCCGCCCCGCCGGGCGGCAUCGCCGUUGACCCGCACACGGGUAAUGCCUUCCUCACCGUGGGCGCCCGAAUCUACAAGCUGUCCGUUGAUGGCGACCUCGGCCCGCUCUCCUCCGCGACGGCGCUCGGGUCCGAGCCGCUGGCGUCGCUCACCGCGCACGUUAGCCGCGGGUUCCUGCUCGUGGGCCAGCCCAGCACGGGCAGCCUCCUCCGCGUCGACAUGGAGGACGGCGCCACGAGGACCGUGUCGGGCGCCCUCACGCCCCCCACUCCGGUCGCCGUGGCGGUCCGGACCGACGGGGCGGUCGCUGUGGGCGGGGCCGGGGGCCUGCGCCUCGUCGUGAGCAACGAUGGGUGGGUGUCGUGCGGGGUGCGGGACGAGGCGGCGCCCGCGCCCGACGGCCCCGUGGCCGCGGUGGCCGUGCGGGAGCGACGCCGGGUGUACGCGCUGGUGGAGGCGGGGACGACGGACGGGGGCAAGGAGUGGCGGAUCGAGGAGGCGGCGUGGAAAUCGGAGUCCGAGGGGGAGAUGGUGGUGGGGCUCGUCUUCGUUGGCGCUGCCCUCGCCAUCUUCAUGUUCUGGAGGUUCCAGAUGCGCCAGCUUGCCGGCAACAUGAACAAGAAGAUCAGAUAGUAACAAUGCAAAUUCCUCCCUUCCUUUGUUUUAGAAGAAUCUGUAUCCAAUUGCUUUUGGUAUGCACACGAGUUAGUGUAGGUAGAUACUUGUGGAUUAGGCAGUUACUUAUCUAUGAACUGUGAAUCUGCUAUCUUUCUUGGUUAGUUCUUGAUAAGUUAAGGCACAAUUCUGGAGCGAUGCUCCUGGUUGCCAAUUGUACCUGCAAAUCUACACAUUGUAAUGGAAAAGGCCGUGCUAAAGUUUUGUAAUGAUGGUGAAUUCCACUUGGUGCAAUAAACUGAUAUUAGUUUGACGAUAUUUA